AUGAACCAUUGUGGUCAUUGUCGACAAAACAUUGGUACCCUCCAGGUUGAAGCUGCUCCUGCACCUGCGCCUGUCUCUCCUACUCCUGUCUCUCCUGCUCCUGUACCUAUAGCUCCUGCUCCUGCUCCUGUUGCUCUCAUGCAUGUCACUCCUGCUGCUGCAACUACCACUGCAGCUGCUGCAAUUGCUACUGCCCUUCACCAUCCUAGGAGACAGGAGGACACCUCAGCUGCUCAUCUGGACAAUGGCGAGUGGAUCGACAUGAAUAAUGUCAGCAGCAGUGAAGAUAACAACAACCCACCUGAAGUUAUGGCCAACACCCACAUCCCACCUGAAGUCAUAGCCAACACUCAUACACACCCAAGCCCACUGCAGACAGUGACUAGCACCCUUCACACCAAUCCCUUUGCAACAAGAAAAAGAGGUGUUAAGACUACUGCCAAUGUCCUGUUUUUCUUUAGGAAGAAUUCAGACACUGGCAAGCACAUUUGUAUACCAUGCAAGGAUUUAAAUAAGAUUGACUCAUCCUGUCCCCUUACUGUUUAUGGUCCAUCAAUGAGCAAUACCCCUCUUUGCUCCCAUGAAUCCAAGAAACAGCAAUGGCUGAUUGGCAUUCAUCCUGUAGCGGACCGCCUUGAUGAAGGCUGGACUUUCACCCAGAUGCUGGAAUGA